AUGGAUCCUUUCGCUUCUCUUAUUGCUUUGGCCCCAGCCGGCCCUUCGCUAUGGCUCUCGGCACUGCUGGGGUUGCUAACGGUGACUUUCGUGUCAGCUCACAAACUGGGAUUGAUCUACCGGCUUUGGCAUCAGGUGGACACCCAGAGCCCUCGGCAUGGUGGGGAGACUGUGGCGGAAGUGCUGAAAGCCCACGGCGUGCGCCACAUCUUCACGCUGGUGGGAGGACACAUUUCUCCUAUCCUGGUGGCCAGUGAGAAGAUGGGCAUCCGCGUGGUGGACACGAGGCACGAAGCGACGGCUGUGUUUGCGGCCGAUGCCGUGGCCCGGCUCUCAGGGACGGUGGGAGUGGCCGCAGUUACAGCGGGACCGGGAGUGACGAACACCGUGACGGCCAUGAAGAAUGCGCAGAUGGCGGAGUCUCCUGUGCUGCUGAUCGGAGGGGCUGCGGCUACACUGCAGAAGGGGCGAGGCGCUCUCCAGGACAUCGACCAGCUGUCUCUCUUCAAGCCCCUCUGCAAGUUCUGUGCCACGGUGAAGACCGUGCGGGAGAUUGUCCCCGUGCUGCGGAAGGCCAUCGCCGUGGCUCAGUGCGACACACCAGGUCCCGUGUUUGUGGAGUUCCCUUUGGACGUGUUGUAUCCCUGCCAUCUGGUCCGGAGAGAGCUGGUGAAAGCAGAGGCCCCCAAGGGCCUGGUGGGAAACGUGGUGAACUGGUAUCUGCGCAGCUACGUGGCGAACCUGUUUGCCGGGGCGUGGGAGGCGAGGGACGUUUCACCUCUGCCAGUAAAGGUGCCAUGUGCCACCAAGGAGCAGGUUCAGCAGUGCGUGGAGCUCAUCAGCCGGGCCAAGAAGCCGGUCAUCCUUCUCGGCAGCCAGGUGACCUUGCCCCCGACUCCCGUAGAGGUGCUCAGGACUUCGUUAGAAGAACUGGGGAUUCCUUGCUUCUUGGGAGGCAUGGCCCGUGGCAUGCUGGGAAAGAAUAGUCCCCUGCACAUCCGUCAGAAUCGCCGAGAGGCGCUCAAGGAGGCAGACGUGGUAAUCCUGGCAGGUACUGUCUGCGAUUUCCGCCUGUCCUUCGGGCGCGUCCUGAGCAGGCGCAGCAAAGUCAUUGCAGUCAACCGAGACCGAGCUCAGCUGCUCAAGAAUGCCCACAUCUUCUGGAAACCCCAUUUGGCCAUUAGAGCGGAUGCAGGAUCCUUCCUGGUGCAGCUGAACAAAGGACUCAAGGGAUACUCCUGCCCUCAGGAGUGGGCACUGAGCCUGAAGGAGACGGAUCGGGUGAAGGAGAAAAUAAACAGCGAGAAGGCGGAGGAGCCGAUGGAGCAGCACCUCAACCCGCUGAAGGUGCUGCAUCACGUUGACAGCUUGCUUCCCGAAGACAGCGUGCUGGUGGUGGACGGGGGUGACUUCGUGGGGAGCGCCGCCUAUAUCGUGCAGCCCCCUCGUCCGCUGGCAUGGCUGGAUCCAGGAGCUUUCGGGACCCUGGGAGUUGGCGGGGGCUUUGCCUUGGGAGCCAAGCUCUGCAGACCGGAGUCUGAGGUCUGGAUUCUGUAUGGAGAUGGCUCUCUCGGGUUCAGCGUAAUGGAGUUUGACACCUUUGUGCGACAUAAGACGCCCGUCAUCGCCCUGGUGGGGAAUGAUGCCUGUUGGAGCCAGAUCUCCCGAGAGCAGGUCCCCAUGCUCGGAAGCAGCGUCGCCUGUAACCUGGAUUACUUGGAUUACCACGUGGUGGCGGAAGGCUUAGGCGGGAAGGGCUUCCUGCUCUCCCGCCAGAAUGAAGAGCAGAUGGACGAUGUCAUCCGAGCCGCGCAGGCGGAGUGCCGGAGCGGGCGGCCCGCCCUCAUCAACGCCCUCAUCGGGAAGACGAACUUCCGCGACGGCUCCAUCGCUGUCUAG